AUGCAGCGAGUCAUCAAUAGACUACCCAAGUGGGCUGAGUACACCGACCUGGCCAACUGGACGACCAACGAAAUCUUGCUUAGGCUUACCUUCGACCGACCUAUUCAGCACCAGGAGGUUAUGCACGUUGGGAUCGAGCCCGCCCUCGUCGUCGAGCCAAAGUGGACUUCCUCCUCGCUGGGUGAGCUCGAGCGAAUCCCGCAGGAGAUCGUCGACCGCAUCGUCAGCGAGAUGGAUUUCCUUACCAUUGAAAAGUUUGCUGCCGUUUCCACCGUCACCCGCUACUCGGUCCAGAGCUGCCAGAUAUUUGUCGAAGUGCUGAAGUUCGCGCCCUACAUGCCUGGUAUCCUGCACUCCACCCAAACCGACAACCAACACUCCAUCAAGGACGUCUGGUGCGAGAUGAAGAACGAAAAGUGCCGCUCUUGCGGCGAGAGGGGCAAGUGUCUCUUUCUUCCGACCUGCGAGCGCGUGUGCCAGCCCUGUCUCAAGCUUAACCCGUCCUACUGGACCUUUCCUCGCAGCGUGGCCUGCAUCGCUUACGGCUUGACUGAGGAGCAGCUCAAGGAAAUUCCAACUAUUCGCACUCUGUCCAUAGUCAACGGCACUUUUACCACUGAGAUCCCGUUCAACGCAACUGAACCGAUUCGCCGUCUGAUCCCCCAUCGUCGUGUCUUGCACGCCUCGGUCCGCUUGGCCCUGAAGCACGCCGUCAAAAUCCACGGUUCACUGGAGGCCCUGAAGCACACCAUCGGCCACGGCGAGAUCAUCUAUGCCGAUGCAAGCGAGGUCGAACAUAGCUAUCUGAAAUGGUUCGACUACCUGCGCUCUGUGCCCCUGGAGCCGAUCAACUUCAACCCGGCCCUGCUCGCAUCCCCGCCGUCCGCCAUCCCGACAGUCUGGGCAUCCCAGGAGCCUUGGUUCCCUCCCUUCAAGCUCAACGAGAACUCCGCACGCCGCAUCCAUCCGGGCAUUGUCUCCAUCGACUUUCCCUACGUGUCGCUUGACCGUGAGCGCCUCCAGAGGACCUACCUGUGCAAUGGAUGCUAUGAACUCUUCGACGAAAACCGCUACAUGCGCCUGCUCUCCCCGCAAACUCUGAACGCCAUGGUCCCGCCCGAGGUUCCCGAGAACAAGCACAAGGAGUUCCUCGGCCGUGAGUUCUUCCGUCGCUCGCUCAUCUUCCGGCCCUGGGACGAUCUCCUCGCCCACCUGCGUGACUGUCCGGGCGCUGGCUGGCUUAUGUGCCGUAAACGUCUCGGCAUGGAGAAUAAAGCUAUGGAACAGGAGUAUGGGCUCGAGGGCCAUCACAUCACCCACGUGUACACCUGGUUGAUCACCGAUUUUUGA